CAGUUCAGAAAUUCAUAAUUGGGCUAUAAAAGGGAGAGAUUAAAAAGCCCAUUAAAUCGACUAGGGUAACUCACUGAGCGCCGCAUAUAAGCCAACGACUCCUCCGCCCCCACCGUCUCUCUAUCUCGGCGUUCUUGCAGAAGCGAAGGAACAGAGAAAGAGACAUAAAAAUGUCGGAAAAGAAGGGAAGGAAAGAGGAGGUGGUGACCAGAGAGUACACCAUCAAUCUUCACAGACGCCUUCAUAGCUGUACCUUCAAGAAGAAGGCUCCAAAGGCAAUCAAGGAGAUAAGGAAGUUUGCGGAGAAGGCAAUGGGGACAAAGGAUGUGAGAGUGGAUGUGAAGCUGAACAAGCAGAUUUGGAGCAGAGGUAUCAGAGGUCCUCCUAGAAGGAUCAGAGUCCGAGUUGCUCGUAAGAGAAACGAUGACGAAGAUGCCAAGGAAGAGUUCUUCUCCCUUGUCACUGUUGCUGAAAUCUCUGCAGAAGGUCUCUCCGGUCUUGGCACUAAAGUCAUUGAUGAAGAGGAUUGAACAAUCUUGUAACGUCUUUAUCAUAUUUUUCAACUUUGUAGCGACUUUGGAAGCACUGAUCCAGUUAUUGGAGAGAACAUUUAUAUCUUCUUGUUGAAAUCUUCAUCCAUGAAAAUACUUAAAAGAGAAUCUCAUUCUUGAGUCAA